AUGACUUUUCAUUUAGAAUCAAUUGUAAGACCUAAAAUUUACAACUUAACUCCAUACCGUUGUGCAAGAGAUGAUUUUACUGAAGGUAUUCUAUUAGAUGCUAACGAAAAUGCCAAUGGUCCAAUUCCCUUUGAAUUAAGAGAUACUGAUUUGAAUAGGUAUCCUGACCCACAUCAAAUUGAAUUUAAAACUUUGUUUGCACAUUAUAGAAAUUCAAAGGAUAAUACUGCCAAUGUUCCAGACUUGUCUCACAAGAACCUUUGUUUAGGGGUCGGUUCUGAUGAAUGUAUUGAUGCAUUAAUUAGAGCUUGUUGUAAGCCAGCAGUUCAAAAAAUUAUGGUUUUGCCUCCAACUUAUUCAAUGUACUCUGUUUGUGCCAAUAUUAAUGAUGUCGACGUCGUCAAUUGUCCAUUGAUUGUAGAAGAUAAUUCAUUUCAAAUGGAUGUAAAGAGAACUUUAGAAACAUUAAAAAAAGAUGAUCUGAUCAGACUUUUAUUUAUAACUUCUCCAGGCAAUCCAACUGGUAAAAUCAUAGCCAUUAAAGACAUAAUAUAUGUAUUAGAACAUUGGAAAAAUGGUUUAGUUGUCGUCGAUGAAGCAUACGUAGAUUUCUCCACAUAUUUUAACGAAGAAACUAAAAAGACAGAGUACUUCUCUGUUGCCAAGUUGGUAACUAAAUAUCCAAAUUUGACUGUUUUACAGACAUUAUCUAAAUCUUUUGGUUUAGCUGGUAUAAGAUUAGGAGUUACUUUUGCAAGUGAAGAGUUGGCACGUAUAUUGAAUGCUAUGAAGGCUCCUUAUAAUAUUUCUUCAACCACAUCAAAUCAUGCUAUUAAAGCAGUUCAACCUGAAAGUCUAAGAUUAAUGGAAGAUAAUGCAAAUGAAGUAAAUAAAGAAAAAUAUCGUGUUCUAGAAGCAUUGACUGCUUUGCCGUUGGUUGAUGAUCAAUAUGUAGGUGGCUUGGAUGCAAAUUUCGUUAUGAUCAGAAUUAAUAAGGGUGAUAAUGAGUUGGCUAAAAAUGUCUACUUAUCAUUGGCAACACAAUCAAAGGUUGUUAUAAGGUUUAGAGGAAACGAGUUAGGAUGUCAAGGUUGUUUAAGAAUAACAAUCGGCACCCCUUCAGAAAACGAUCAAUUAAUUGCAAAGUUUUCAGAGACUUUAUCUACAUUAUCGAAGUAG